AUGAGCCGGCAUUAAAAUUGAGUUAGCCAAAAGAGGCCAGGCUGAGAUGAUUAUGUAUUGAAUUGGUAUUGAUGGUGCUUGUCAGGUACCUUAGAUCGUGCGAUUCCAGAAGCAUCAAACCCAGCCUCGCUCACGGUCACUCGCUUCCUGUUCUUUACACUUUUUAUUCUACACAAACCGUCAUCUGCACAGCGGAGAACCUCGUCGCUCUUCGUCUUAGGCAUUGCAAUACUAUUUUCGAAUCUGGGGAUAAAUACUUCUCGAGGGCUCGCGAUUAUUUUCCCUCUGAACGUCCUCCCACGGCAACUCUCAUCGCUGCUGGCUGAGACGCGUCCGACAACGUGUCCGUGUGACAACCACUCUGGGGUAGCAACCAAUACUCAACAAAUCAACACCUCAGCACAACACACCAACAACUCAAGUUAAAACAAAUCCAGAAAGAUUUUCGAACAUGGCAUCCACUCCACCCCCUCUCUCAGCCGACAAACCCCAGCCCGCCAAGCGUGGCCGGCCCCCUCUCUCCCCAUCCCAGCGCAGACCCAAGCCGGUCCCCUCAGGCCGACCCCGCGGUCGUCCCCCCCUGGACCCCUCCCAGCGUAAGCCCAAGCCCGUCCCCUCGGGCCGGCCCCGCGGCCGUCCCAAAGGAAGCGUCAAGUCUACCACCACCACGCCCAAGGCCCCCUCCACCACGACGACGGGCGCGGGCGUUAAGAAGGCCGUCUCGGCCGAUCCCACCACCGCGGUUGCUGUUGACACGCCCGUCCGUCGGGGGAGGGGUCGGCCCCGGAAGGAUCAGUCUACUACUACUACGACUGCGACUCCUGCUAGUGCGGCUAGGGCUGCCAAGGAGAAAGCGAAGGAGGGCAUGGUGCAGGCCGCGGUGGAGGAGGCUGCUGCUGCUGCGAAGACGGCUACGCCGGCGGGGCAGGUUAAGAGGCGGCGGGGCAGGCCCAAGGGGUCUGGUAAGAAGAAUAUUGUUUCUUCUGCUGAGCCUGGGGCUGCGACGCCGAAGAGGAAGGGGCCUACGACGCCUGCCAGGGGUGGACCGGGACGGGGGAGAAGGUCGGUUGGUGGGUCUGCGUCUGCGUCUGCUACGAAGCAGGUUGUGGAACCUGAAGAAGAUGAUGACGAGGAGCAGUUUGUGGAGGGUGGUGAGAGGGAUGAGGUUAUGGAGUAUUUGUAAGCUGAUUGGGAGCUUGCGGGUGAGAGGGAGGGAGGGCUCUGUAUGGUGGUAAUAAUGGCUGGGGGAAAUGGCUUUGUGGCUGUCAGAUACUGGGUGGAGGGGGCGGGCGGCGUCUGCUAGGUUAACUACAAUGACUAGGCAGGGCGGAUAUUGCGGCCGUGACUGCUGGUGAAGGGAUAACCGGCUUUGGGGUCUGGAGUCGGACAGCCAUGCAAUCUAAUUUCAUGCUUUCGCUGGUCAAAGGUCAUCGCAUUGGCCCAUGUCUGCUUUCUGAGUGCUAGGGAUGUUGAUAGCGUGGAAGACGCCGUGUGGCAUUUAUCCAGGAAGUCAAAUCAACGGCGAGCGAACCUACACGUCUUAGCACCUGUAUAUCUGUUUGCUGUAC